UCAAUCAACAUUGUUGGCUACUGCCAAUCUCCAUAGCUGCUGGCGAGUAGGGCUAGCAGUUAGAGCUAGACUAAUGGGUGAAAAUUUGCACCCGCCCAAUGGUCGUCUAUCCUCCAAAAUACAACAAUCGUAGUUGUUGCAGAAUAGGGUGAUAGUGGGAGCCAUAGAGAAUAUCGGGUGGAUGGAGUAGUUAUUGGAUCCUGUAGGCCGUAGCAGAGCAAUAGAUCUGGUACAUGAUGGGGCAACUUGAGGGUAGAGCAGCCAUAAGGUCGGCACAGGGUCGUUCCCACGCCCCCUUUGGUUUGAGGAACUCGGCUGCCGUGUUUUCCAUGAAACUCGUGCAGUCUCUUCAGAUCAAAUUUGAAGACCCACCAGACCUGCCUAGUUUCUAGACUGUGGCGAGUUCCAGAACCCCCGCAUCAUCCUAACACGGAACCCUUAUGGAGACAACGUCGAGAGCAACUCUACCAUGCCGGAUCGUGAAGCCUUUGUGGUCUCCGCCGAUGAUCCACCCAGGGAUGGAAAAAUAUCUUCUCAGGAAGAAGGUUGCAAUGGCAAGAAUCAGGACCGUGCAAUAUAGCACCAACGGGAGCAAGCCGACACCCAGCAACGUCAACAACCUGCUGCUAACAUGGGAGCUGAUGCAGCAGACAACCAGCGCUGACCACCACCCGCCACCAACGUCGACCCACUGCGCGCCAACGAUGGUGACAACGCUGACCAGGACGGUGCCUGAGGCAGCGCAGGCGCCCUAUGCGUGCCUGCAAUCUACAAGCCGACCUCGAGGAGGCUGCCCACAACGUCUUCACCAUACUCCGAGCUAACCUGGGGGCUGCCUUCGCCGAUCUGAAAAACCUUCCAGACUUGAAGCUACUAUGGCGGAUCCAUGCAUGUAUCCGCGUCGCCAACGCCCAGAUCGAAGAGCAGGCCCAAAGCCGGUCAACACACUCCUGGUCCACAUCUACUCAGCACUCUCGAAGCCGAUCGAUCUACUCAUAGCGGAUCCGGUCACCACCGAGGCGGGCACAAUAACCACGCGGGAGGUCAGCUAGAGCCCGUCCAUGAAGAGAAGGUGGAGCAACCCGUCAACCCGCCCGCUAACAACGCCCAUCAACUCGACAACCACGAUAACCGCCGUUGUCGUAGGAGAGGCGAUGGCAAGAACCGUGGCAGACAAGAUCGGCAACCCGACCUCCGCGAAUAGCUACACGAUCGCCGUGACCUCCGCGCCGACCUCAACAACCGCCACCAAGACUGGAAAGAGGCCGAGCUCCACCGCCACCUUGAGUACGACCGUGACUACGGCGCUCCUGGUAGGCUAAACUGCAACACAUAACGGGAGGACCGUCGAUGCCAAGAAGAUGAAAUGCAUCGCUGUGCCGACUACGACUGCAUGUACGACGCCCCUGAAGACGCCUAUGUCCCACCCAGGCGCAACAACGAUGGACGCCCCGAGGCACCACUCGUCGAAUAUAACCUCGAGGAUGACGAUGACACAGCGAACGAUGGUUUUGCCGCCUUCACUCCCCGCCUCAAAGCCGUUGAGUGGCCUGCCUUGUUCAAGUUGGCUAUCAACAAAAAGUACGACGGCCGCUCCGACCCCACUAUAUGGCUCAAAAUGUACAGCACCGUGGAGAAAGCCGCCAACGGCACAUACGACCAGAUGGCCACCUAUUUCCCAGUGGUGAUGGCCCCGCCCCUCUCCUGUGGCUAGAGAACUUUCCACCGAGCAGCAUCAAUACCUGGGGUCAGCUCGCUAGGGCUUUCACCCAGAACUACCAGGCUACCUACAACCAACCUAGAAACACGGAGAAUCUUGGGCAAGUCUGCCAGUGGAAGAACGAAACUCUCCGAGAGUACGUGAACCACUUCUUCGAGAACCGCAACAGGCUGGCCGGAGUCGAGGACCGCGACAUCAUCUAGUACUUCCACUCUAGCCUGAUGAACCGCAACAUGUUCUGCAAGCUGUAUGAGGCUACCCCCAAGAUGGUCGGGCAGAUGAUGCAGCUCACCAAUGUUCAGUCCGACACAGAGGAGGCAACACAAGUACAGUUCUAGGGCGGCGAGCACUGCCAGAACGACAACCACAAACAACUGACCUAUGAGGAACACCAAGCACGACCGAAGUCCUCCCGACUUAAAAAAAAAGACCCCCCGAGGUCCUCACUGCUGAAGCCGACCCCGCCAGACCAACCACCUUCCUUCGGGAAGAGUUCGAUGACACCCUGAAUGCUCCGUGCCCCUUCCAUAAGAACGCACAUCACAAUCUUCGGGACUGCACAAUCCUCAAGAAAGAGCUCGGCACCCUGAUGGAGUACAAGCGACCUUGCCAAAAUGACUACCGAAGGGACGACAAUUGUCGCGACAACCGCCGCCGCAAUGACCGUGAUGACCGCGGCAACCGUCGCCGUGACGACCACGACCAUCGCCGUGAUGAUCGCGACGAUCGUGACCGCUGCCACGAUCACCGCAACAACCGCCAAUGUGAUGACCGCAAUGAUUAUCACAGAGAGGAGCACCGUGACCGGCCAAACCCAGACGCCCACCGGGUCAGCGCCGACCAGAACGGGGAGUUCCAGCGACCGAACCAUCAAGUUAACAUCAUCAUGGGCGGCCCCAAGGUGUUCUGCAGCAAUCGUAAACACAAGCUGCACCAACGAGAGGUGCACUCAUUCUCCAUACGUCCAGUCCAGUAUCUGCGAGGAAGAUCACUGGAUACACAUUCCAGAUCUCGGGUCCUAACCGUUGGUGGUUUGCCCGACCAUAGACCGGGCCCUCCUCCCCAAAGUGCUAAUUGACAGCGGUGGCGGGCUUAACAUCAUCUUCGCCGAAACCCUGAAGUGCAUGGACUUCAAUUUCGACCGCAUCCAGCCCUGUGAAGACCCCUUCUACGGCAUCGUACCCGGCAAGGGAUCCUAUCCUAUCGGCCGAGUUGUUUUGCCAGUCAGCUUUGGCACGCCUGACAACUACCGUACGGAGCACCUUACCUUCGAGGUGGCUAACUUCAAAACUUCCUACCAUGUCAUCUUUAGCAGACCCAUGCUCGCGAGGUUCAUGGCAAUUCCACAUUGCACCUACCUCGUCCUCAAGAUGCCGGCUCCAAAUGGUGUCCUCUCCAUCUACGGUGACCUCCAAACUUGGUCUUAAUGUGAUAUCCAUCUAGACAGAUGAUGGGCCUACAUCCGGUCAAAAAAACCCCUCUUGCAUGCAUUCAGUGACAUGUAACAUGUACUAAACAAGUUUUUAGUACAAUUUAAGUAGAAUGUGCUCCCAGGAUUGCUUCUCCUCAACUCUUCUGCAUAGUCCCACAAGUAAUUGUACCGUUGGACCUCAUCUCCAUGAAUAGAACUUAAAAUCAGCCUUAUUGCUCUAGCAAGCUUGCUCUUGGAAAUGGUCAAGUUCAAAUCUUUUGGACUGUCUUGACAAACCUGGUGAUGCUCAUCUUCUCAUUGGCUCUAAACAAAUCAGUGUACUUACUAAACAACCACCUAGAAGUGCACCUCCUAAGUAUGCACUCUUUCUGACAAUUGUGAACUCCAUAGUAUAUCUUCACAACAAAUGACUGAAUCCUGCUAUCCAUUGAAGCAUAUAAAGUUCAUGGAAAACCUUCAGCACAAUGACCCCUUAUCCUUCUGUUGUCUUUCCUGGGCAGUAGGAUUUCAACCCUGUUCCUCACACUGUAUUCUAUAAUUACCUCUCUCAACUUUUUUGCAGAUUGAAACACUUGUCAAAUAAAGAAUGUUGGAUUGUUGAUGUCCUCUUCAUUCAAAGAUUUGAACUUCAGCCUAUCUUCCCCAUCUAAAUCUAGCAGCUCCAAGCCCUCAUCAUUACUAUCCUCAUCAUCACUGACUUGUGCAUGUCUAUUUAUCUCAUAUGACUUCAGCUUGCUUCCUCUUGCUUUCUUGUCACAUCCAUUUCAACAGUAUCCUCCAACAAGUCCUUAUCACUAGCAUCUAUGUCAUUGUCACUGUCUAUGAACUCCUCAUCAUGCGCAUAUUCCUCGUACUCUUCCUAAAUAAGACCAUCUUGCUCAACUCUAUCUUUCUUCAAGUCAUUAUAGAACACUGGUAAUUUCUCACUAGUUUUCCUAUCAAUAUACUCAACUUUCUGUGGGCUAAUAACCUUAGGCAGAUCAGCAACUUAAUUGACAACCACAUCUUCCCAAUCAAGUCCCAUGUUGUCAUCAUGAUCAAUAAACACUUGACCUUUUGUACCACUGAUGCCAUCACAUUGGUGUCAUGGUCAGACGCUAUCACUCUCAAUCCAUCAGCUAAGGUCUUCCCUGGUAACAACCAAUAAUACUUGAUGUUGCUGUUACUCACAUAACCAAGCUGCUGAACAAAAUCCUCGAACCACAAAGGACUCAAAGUAUCAGUCUCAAUCCUAUCAAACAAGUGGAUCUUCUCACCCACAUAUGACCAAAUCCAAUGAAGAAACCCCCAUGGUGAACCUCAAUACUGAACUCAUAUGAACCAGGACCUAUAAUGCACAAGCAAAUUAAAUUGAUCAAGCAAAUCAAAUUGAUCAGAUGCAACCUCUCGAAAUUUUAAGUUUUUCCCCGAAAUUCUAAAACCUAUAUCAAAACCAAAACCCUAACAAAUUAUCCCCAAAUCAACAAUCCCAUAUGCCAAAUCCAAGUUUUUCAACUCAAUACUCUAGAAUCACACUCUAAAAUCCAAUCCCUACACCUAUCCCUACAAUCGAUAUGGCAGAGAAAUCAGAGUACUCACCGUAGUUCGGAGCCGAUUCCCCUUUGCCUCGCAGUCUCGUCACCAUCCCGUCGCGGCGGUGGCCUGCACCACCUUCGGUGCUUCCUUCUACGCGGGCUUCCUCUUUUCCUCCCCAAUCGCCGCCGCACUACCUCCAUCUGUUCAUCCUCAAUCGCCGCCGCACAGACCCUCGUCGACCACGGCAGAGAGGUAACUGAGGAGAUAAAUGAGAGGUCCGGCACAUGUGAAGGCUUCUUUGUAAAUUUAGGCAGCCCAGCAGUAUCCCUGCCACGUGUGUGCGACACGGUGGCAUCGCCAUGUUAGCUAAUAACGGUGGAGUCAGAUUGGACGCAAACGAGAUCCAAACAAAGUUUAGAUCUAAAAAAAAGCGAUCUGCUAGUUUGGUAACCGGGCAAGUCUGGGGACCGGCUGCGCCCUUUCGUCUACAGAAAGGCGAGUAGUGGGACACGCUGACACCUCACCGCCCGAACGGCCGAACCCAACCGCAAAAUUGGCACAGCGCCGUCGCCGGCGCCGUCACCCGCCCUGCCUCCGCCUCCGGCCGCGUCGCCGGCGGCUACUCCGACCGCGUCACAUGACCAGGAACCACACCUCGAAGUCGCUCGCCGUCCUCCUCCGCGCCCGCAUGCACCCGGACGCCCUCCCCUCCCCGCCGCCGCAACUGUCCCCUCCUCCUCCGCCCACUGACCCAGACCCCGCCGCCCCGCCCGCGGCUUCCGUUCUCCACUGGCUCCAUGCCGCUGCCUCCGCCGCCUCCCCGCCCCCCGCGACGCUCGAUAACUUCUCCGAUGGGUACCGCUCCCUCGACCGCGUCGGGCGCCGCGAGGUCCUCCGCUCCCUCGCCACCGACUACGACGUGCCCCGCGCGCGCGUCCGGGACCUCAUGAGACAGUACAUGAGCGUCGCCUCCGCCGCGGCGGCAGGCGGGGAUGACGCGACGGUGGAGGAGGGGAAGGAGGGCUCCGCGGCGGCGCUGUACCGGAUGGAGAGGGGGCUCCGGGACGCGCUCCGGCCCCGGUACUCCGGGUUCCUCGAGGCCAUGAACGCGCAGCCAGGCGGGCUCAAGCUCCUCGCGGUGCUCCGCGCCGACCUCCUGGCCUUGCUGGGGGAGGAGAACGCUCCGGCACUGCGCGCCCUGGACUCGUACUUGAAGGAGAAACUGGUGACCUGGCUCAGCCCUGCAGCAUUGACGCUCCACCAGAUAACAUGGGAUGAUCCUGCCUCCUUGCUAGAGAAGAUUGUGGCAUAUGAGGCAGUGCAUCCAAUCAGAAACCUGAUAGACUUGAAGAGAAGAUUGGGUGUUGGUCGCCGUUGCUUUGGCUACUUCCAUCCAGCAAUACCAGGGGAGCCCCUGAUUUUCAUCGAAGUUGCUUUACACAAAGAUAUGGCUGCAUCUAUACAGGAGGUCUUGUGGGAUGACCCCCCGACUCCUGAAUCUGAAGCCAGCUGUGCACUGUUUUAUUCAAUAUCGUCUACCCAGCCUGGCUUAUCAGGUAUUAAUCUGGGGAAGUUUCUUCUCAAGCGUGUGAUUGACAUGUUGAGACGAGAUAUGCCUUCAGUACAGAUUUUUGCAACACUUAGCCCAAUCCCUGGUUUCAUGCAAUGGCUUCGUGCUAAACUGGCCUCCCAAAUAAAAUUAGCACAGACAGAAUCGCAAGAGGGGAAUUCAUUCGAAGGAGCUAGCUCUACUUUCAGAGAAUCCAUCCUUCUUCCCGAGGAAGAGAAGAUGAUUCAUGAUGCCAUUGAACAAGCUCAUGGGAAACAAGGAAUUGAACUAUUGCAAGAUAUACUGAAAACAAGUCAAUGGGUAAAGUCUGAAAAAUUAUCUGCUGCGUUGAAAUCUCCUCUAAUGCGUUUGUGUGCAAGGUAUCUUGCCAGAGAGAAAAUCAGAGGAAAAGCUCUAGAUGCUGUUGCAAAUUUUCACUUGCAAAACGGAGCAAUGAUUGAGAGAAUAAACUGGAUGGCUGACCAAUCAGAGAAGGGCAUUCAACAAAGUGGAGGUAUCAUGGUCAAUUAUCUUUACAGGUUAGAGAAUAUAGAAGAGUAUGCACUUUCAUAUUCAGGCACAGGGCUUGCCCAUUCUUCACCUAGCCUGUCCCAGUAUCUUGAGCAGUCGAAGGAUCCGUGAAACUGAAUAUUUCUGGCACGAAUUUUGUUUCCAUCAAGGUAUUAUAUCAGGCAUUGGAUGCUUUGGAUCAAGAUGAAGGAUAGGAUACUGCAAUUCUUCCUCUGUUCAUUGUGAACGUCGUGGAUUCAUAUGAUAGGUUUUAUAGUUUGUUCUGACCUGAUCUUUAUGUUUUCUUUUCCAUUCUUUUCUUUUGGAUGAUGAAACUAAAGCAUAAUAUGUCUGUAUAGUGUAUACUGCGUACAAAUACAAGCAAAGAAGAAAAUCUCUGAUAUAGCAGGGAUAGGGUUGGUUCUGGUUCUCCUGUAUGUUACAUGCACACUUUUAUGUGGUACUGCUCUGCGUUUGCUGUGAUGAGCCAAAUUGUCUUCUGCAGGGGCAAAUUGCAAUAUGCAAGUAACCAGAAGGGGUAUACCUUAACA